AUGCGAGGUGACCCCCCACCCCCCACCCCCGAUCUUCCCACGUGCCUCCCGCCUCUCCUCAAUUUGCCAAUCAGGUUGAUGAAGCUUUGUGAUGAAGCACGAAUCCUCUCCGACGCAGUCUUCAAGCUCGAAUGCUCCAGCACCCCAGCUAUUCCUCAAGGAAACGAGGAGACGGGCCGAGGGGCGGAGAGGAGCGUUUCGGUCGUCCUGGAGGGCGAGGAGGCGGAGCUCGUGUUCAUCCGCCUGCAGGAGAUAACGCAGGCCAUCGCUCGAGAAGGCCACGCGGACGGCUGGGUGGUCGUGUACGCCAUCAACGACCGCGAGAGCUUCAAGACGGCGUCGACGGUGCUGGGUCGUGUGUGGUCGUUGGGUCACGUGACUCAGAGAGCGGUGAUCCUCGUGGCCAACAAGACCGACCUUCAGCGCACUCGGGUCGUCACCACGUCGGAGGGCCGCACUCUGGCCAUGACCUACGAGUGCAAGUUCAUCGAAGUGAGCGCCGGCAUCGAUCACAACGUGGAUGAACUCCUCGUCGGCAUCCUGACCCAGGUGGUGUUGUGGGAAAGUGAGAUCCGUCUGAAGAACCAGGUCCUGAGCAGCGAGAACCAGGAGGCGCCGGGGUCGGCUCCCGAGGGCUCCCCCACCGCCACGCAGCAGAGGACGCGCCACAAAAACAGUUUUCGAGUCAAGGGCAUCCUCAAUAAACUCCUGAACAAAGACCGCAAAACCAAGUCGUGUGAGAAUUUGCACGUGUUCAAAAUCAGUAAACGGAUACUUUCAGUAAUUGUACCAGGCAAAGGAACAGAAGUUGGUGUAAUGUAA